GGGAGGACAACAAAGGGGUGUGGAAGGCCGUAGUGGUGUGCGAGGGGCGGCUCAGCAGGUAGAAAGAAUGAAAGGAAGGGGGGAUGAAAGAAUGUUGAACCUUUUUAUUUGGCUGUAUGAUGGAAGGAAAUAGAACAGAGAACCUCUGCAACAGAUCGUUUGGAUGGCUUCAGCGACAAGAGAAUGAUGCAAAACCAUGGCUCUGGAAACUUUCUGAUUGUUUUUCUGCUGCUGAGAAGUCUUUGCCUUGCAGUGCAAGAACGAAAGAUUACAUGGAGAACAAGAAAGCUGCUAUAGAAUUGAAGGAUGCUUCAUUGCCUCAUAAUGCUGGCUCUAAACUGUUUCCAGCAGUUCCACUUCCUGAUGUUCAUCCUCUUCAGCAACAACAAAUACAGCUUUCACCUGGCCCGAAAGUAAGCUGCUGUGCUCAUGGCUCUGACUCUUCUUGUACUUCGCAAAUGCGUUGUGUUGGUGGUGGUAACUUGAUUCAUCCUGGCACAAUAUUAGACUCAAAAAGCACUGGGACGAUUACUUGUCAGGUAGGGUCAGGAUUUGCUUAUCAGUCUGCGUCUUCACUGAAAGCGCCUCCAGCUAGAAGCAUUGCAAGUGAGUUCCCAGGCAUGUGCGUAGAAAACAGUGUAUCUUCCUGUCAACAUCUUUCCUGUUGUGGAAAACUCCAUUUCCAGUCCUGUCAUGGUAACGUGCACAAACUGCAUCAGUAUCCAGCCCUUCAGAGCUGCACAUCUUCUGGCUAUUUUCCUUGUUCUGAAUUCACAAGUGGGGCUGCAGGCCACUUGGAUGAGCAUAUUGCACAGUCGGAACUAACAUCACGUGUGUACGCCAAUCCUUUGCACCUAAACAUGGCACCUUCAGUUUGUUUAAAGGGCUCUCACUACUGCAGUGACUGCCUGAGCAAGCCAACCAGAAACAGCCUAGUUGAUGCUGCUAAAAUCUGGCCAAAUAUUCCUCCUCCAAAUGCACAGACUGCACCUGUUCCUAUCCCAAUAUGUAAUGGCUGUGGAACCAAAGGAACAGGAAAUGAGAAGAGUUUGCUCCUGGCAAGCAGCCUUGGAAAUUCACCACAGAAAUAUGGAUCUCCGGAAGUUGCAAUAACAGGCCAGGUUCUGGAAAACUUGCCCCCCAUUGGAGUCUUCUGGGAUAUUGAAAACUGCUCAGUUCCCACUGGCCGUUCAGCUAUAGCAGUCGUACAGAGGAUUCGUGAAAAGUUUUUUAAAGGUCACAGAGAGGCAGAAUUCAUCUGUGUGUGUGACAUUAGUAAAGAAAACAAAGAAGUUAUUCAGGAGCUAAACAACUGCCAGGUGACUGUUGCACACAUCAAUGCUACAGCAAAGAACGCUGCUGAUGACAAGCUCAGACAGAGUCUUAGGAGAUUUGCUGAUACACACACUGCACCUGCCACUGUGGUUCUUGUGUCAACGGAUGUAAACUUUGCUUUAGAACUCAGUGACCUGAGACACAGACAUGGCUUCAGGAUAAUUUUGGUACAUAAAAACCAAGCUUCAGAAGCACUUUUACGUCAUGCUCAUGAGCUUGUUUGUUUUGAAGAAUUCAUUUCAGAUUUGCCACCAAGGUUACCACUGAAAGUGCCGGCAUGCCAUACACUAUUAUAUGUUUAUAAUCUGCCAGCAAACAGAGAUAGCAAAAGUGUGAGUAACAGACUUAGGCGUUUGUCAGACAACUGUGGCGGGAAGGUGCUGAGCAUUUCUGGAAGCAGUGCAAUUCUCCGUUUUUUAAAUCAAGAAAGUGCUGAACGGGCUCAGAAACGAAUGGAAAAUGAAGAUGUAUUUGGUAACAGGAUUGUAGUGUCUUUUACUCCCAAAAACAAAGAAGUUAAUGAAACAAAAAGUUCUGGCUUUGUUGGAACUGAAAAGGUGAAGUCUCCAAAAAAAAUUAACAAGAACACAAAGCUGUGCCUCCUCAACAAAGACUCGAGUGAUCAGUCUACUGGUACCAAAGGCUCUGCUGGAAGAGGUUUCCAGAUCCAUGGAUCUGUCACCAAACCCACAAAUGUUAAAAGUUUACAGGAGCUGUGCCACCUUGAAUCAAAGACCAUAAGUAGAAAUACGGAAAACCAACAAGAACAUUUAAGAGAACAAAUUCCGUCUCCUCAAAGUAAUUCUAAUGCAGCGACUCCUGUCUCUCCAGCACCCAAAAGUGGAAUGGGAGAAACAUCCUGUAAAAGCAGCCAGAAAAAAGAGACCUCCGCUUCCAGGAGCGUUACCAAUUCUCCUGUAGAUAAAAAAGAUAAAGAUGAAACUGUAUUUCAGGUCAGCUAUCCCUCUGCUUUCAGUAAGUUGACAGCCUCAAGACAACUCAGUCCUUUACUCAUGUCUCAGAGUUGCUGGUCAUCUCGGAGUAUGUCUCCAAACCUUUCAAAUAGAUCAUCUCCACUCACAUUUAAUGUAGUAAAUCAUACUGGUGGUACAGACUGCUCUGAGCCCUUUGCAAAUGGUGCAGACAUUCAGGUCAGCAAUAUAGAUUACAGAUUGUCCAGAAAAGAGUUGCAGCAACAUUUACAAGAAACUUUCUCAAGACAUGGCAAGGUAAAAUCUAUAGAGCUCAGUCCUCACACAGACUACCAGUUGAAGGCUAUAGUUCAGAUGGAAAAUCUGCGAGAAGCAAUCAGUGCUGUCAACAGUCUUCACAGAUACCAAAUUGGUGGUAAAAAGAUCCAGGUCUCAUUAACAACAGGAGCUGCUAGUAAAUCACUUGCUCUACUGAGCUCAGAAACCAUGUCCAUUCUGCAGGAUGCACCUGCUUGUUGUCUGCCUGUGUUCAAAUUCACAGAAAUCUAUGAAAAAAAAUUUGGGCAUAAGUUAGUUAUAUCAGACUUAUAUAAGCUAACAGAUACUGUGGCAAUACGUGACCAAGGAAAUGUGCGGCUGGUAUGCCUUCUACCCAGCAGCCAGGCCCGGCAGAGUCCUUUAGGAUCUUCACAGUCACAUGAUGGUUCAUCAGCAAACUGUAGUCCUGUAAUAUUUGAAGAGUUGGAAUACCAUGAGCCUGUUUGUAAGCAGCAUUGCCUGAAUAAAGACUUUAUUGAGCGUGAGUUUGAUCCAGAUUCUUAUAAAAUUCCUUUUGUGGUUCUCUCUCUGAAGACAUUUGCUCCUCAAGUUCACAGUCUUCUACAGACACAUGAGGGUACUGUGCCUUUACUAAGUUUUCCUGAUUGCUAUAUGUCAGAGUUCAAUGAUCUUGAAAUGGUGUCAGAAGGCCAGGGUGGUGUUCCUUUAGAACAUCUCAUUACCUGUGUUCCUGGGGUUAACAUUGCAACUGCCCAAAAUGGAAUUAAAGUUAUUAAAUGGAUACAUAACAAACCACCACCUCCUACUACAGAUCCUUGGCUUCUACGUUCUAAGAGCCCUGUAGGCAAUCCACAACUUAUUCAGUUCAGUAGAGAAGUGAUAGAUCUGCUUAAAAGCCAACCAUCCUGCGUCAUACCUGUCAGUAAAUUCAUCCCAACAUACCAUCAUCACUUUGCAAAACAAUGCCGUGUGUCUAACUAUGGGUUUUCUAAACUAAUGGAGCUGCUAGAAGCAGUGCCUCAUGUACUGCAAAUUCUUGGUAUGGGUUCCAAACGCUUGUUAACUCUAACACACAGAGCUCAAGUGAAGCGCUUUACUCAAGACUUACUGAAGCUUCUCAAAUCCCAGGCCAGUAAACAAGUUAUUGUAAGGGAAUUCUUACAGGCUUAUCACUGGUGUUUUUCUAAGGACUGGGAUGUUACUGAGUAUGGAGUGUGUGAACUGGCUGAUAUUAUAUCAGAAAUUCCAGAUACAACCAUCUGUUUGUCACAGCAAGACAAUGAAAUGGUAAUUUGUAUUCCCAAAAGAGAACGUACACAAGAAGAAAUUGAAAGAACCAAGUGGUUUGCUAAAGAGGUGGUAGACUUACUGCGCCAUCAACCCCAUUUUCGAAUGCCCUUCAAUAAAUUUAUUCCUUCCUAUCAUCACCACUUUGGUCGCCAGUGUAAACUUGCUUACUAUGGUUUUACAAAACUAGUUGAACUCUUUGAAGCUAUACCAGAGGUCUUACAAGUAUUGGAAUGUGGGGAGGAGAAAAUUCUCACCCUUACAGAGGUGGAACAAGUCAAAGCAGUUUCUGCCCAGUUUGUUAAACUGCUACGGUCUCAGAAGGACAACUGCCUCAUGAUGAGUGAUGUACUGACAGAGUACCGCAAAACAUUUGGAUACACACUGCGUCUUCAUGACUAUGAUGUUAGCUCAGUUCCAGCUUUAAUGCAAAAACUUUGCCAUGUUGUAAAGGUUGUUGACACAGAGUCUGGCAAGCAAAUUCAGUUGUUAAAUAGAAAAUCUCUGCGAACUCUCACUGCUCAAUUGCUAGUCUUGUUGAUGUCCUGGGAUGAAGCAUCCUUUCUCUCUGUGGAACAGCUGAAACAGCAUUAUGAAACAACCCAUAGUACUUCGCUUAAUCCAUGUGAAUAUGGAUAUAUGACCUUAACUGAACUCCUGAAGAGUCUGCCUUACUUGGUUGAGGUUUUUACCAAAGGUUCAGAGGAAGAAUACGUGAAGCUUACAAAUCUGUAUGUGUUUGCAAAGAAUGUAAGGUCCUUACUUCACACUUACCAUUAUCAGCAGAUUUUUCUUCAUGAAUUCCCAGUAGCAUAUAGCAAAUACACAGGAGAAGCGCUGCAACCUCAAGCAUAUGGAUGCAACAAUUUAGAGGAGCUCUUGGGAGCAAUUCCGCAGGUGGUUUGGAUUAAAGGACAUGGUCAUAAGAGAAUUGUGGUACUAAAGAAUGAUAUGAAAAUUUGUUUUAGCUCACCUAGUUUUACCCCUGCUGAUCAUGUGGAUGAUCAUGGAAGUCAACUUGCUGACAAUAAUGAACAAAUUACAGAGAUGGCAGAAUCCACUUCAUCAAUGGAAUCACAUCUAGGAACACCUAGCAAUGCUUCUAAUCAAACUGAGCAAGAACUUCUUUGCCUCACAAAUACAUCUCCUGUUGACCUUCUGUGUGAGCCAGUUCCUUCCUGCCUGCCAUCCCCACAGCUGAGACCUGAUCCAGUGGUUCUCGAGUCUGCAGAUCUCAUUCAGUUUGAGGAACGCCCUGCAUCUCUGUCUGAGAUAAUGAUUUUAACAGAAGAAGAAAAACAGAGAAUUGUUACCACAGCCGAAGAUAAACUGACCUGUGGAUCUGUGGUACCUAACACCACAGAGAAUGCUUCAGUGUCUCCCUGUCACUCCUCUGAAACCCAACAAAACAAGGUAGUUAUGGACAGCCCAGCCAAAAAGCAACACAAAAACAAGGUGAAAUUGGCAGCAAACUUUUCACUUGCACCUGUAACGAAGCUUUAACUCUUCAGUGUGAAAAACACAUACCUAUGGACUCUGCACAAAUAAAGCUUUUUGCUAGCCCUUGCGUAUUUUAAUGAAAGGCAUAAAAUUAAUUUGUAUUUAAUGUAUUCUGUGAAGAUUUUGUUCCUUUUACACUGAACACAGCUAUCAGCAGAGCAGAUUUUUUUCUAUUAUUUUGAAAAAAAUUCUGGUAUUCAGUAAAUUAUUCUUAAAUUUUACAGUUUUUCAUAAAUGUGUGUUCAGUAAAAGCAGAAUAUUCAAGUAAAAUGGAACAGAUUUUAUUUUCUUGAAGCCUUGUUGGUGGUGUAAUCAUACAUGUAGCAUAUUGUAUUCUAUAGGCUGUUGCUUACUGGUAUUGUUUCAGACAGUAUUAAUAAAAUGCAUGAUCUGUCUUUCAAAAGCCUCUUGAGAAAUUGUAACUCGCUGACCUGAAAUGACAAGAGUGAGGGAGCUGAUUGUCCUUCAGAAACUUGUUCUCUGACCUUUCAGAUGACUUGUAACUGCUUUGGAAAUUUUUGUCUAAAGAUGUCUGUAGAAGAUUGUGGAUUUUUUGUAAAACUUGUUUUAAGUGUUUUCUGUAGCUUUCAGUUCCAUUUAGGAGUUUUCUAGGACAUUGAUGCUUUAAGCUUCCCUUUUUAUAUUUAGUUCCAGUCUGGCAUGGAUUUGGUUAAGGAAAAGACUGUCCUGGUGUCAUGAGUUUAAUACACACACAUUUUAUUGUGUCUAGAAAUGAAGUUAGGAAGAUUCUGAUAUUUCUGAAAUAUGCAUUCAAUGCAUAAAUCACAGAUAAUGGAGCAGGUCUUAUUUAUGUAUGUUUUGUGAUAGAAGGUAUUGAUGCUAUUUCCACCUGUAAGGAAAGUUCUAACUACAUGUGGAAAUGCUAAGGUUGUUCUGCUUAACCUUGUUUUUUUAUUAAGCAUGUUCAGUAAAUGGGAAGCUUAUUCUUUCAUGUGUGCUCUUCAGCUGUGUCUGCUUUUAUUCUAAAACUUGCUCCUAGCAUUGGAAGCUUUUUUCAGCUGGUGGUGCCUUGUGCUGGCUUUUGAAAGGGAACAGCUUUGGAAGAGAUGUUAAGUCAGUGGAUGACCUUAACUCUAGUUAGUAGAAAUAUCCAGUGUAUGAGACUUUAUACCCAUUCUGGGUAACAGCGGCAUUUACAAUGGGGUUGUAUUUGCCAGGCAGCAAAUAAAUUGCUUGUAGUAUUGAAAUAACCUAUACUAGAGGCUUUCCACUGGCCAACUGAAUAUUGUUUUAGGUGGAUUCUAUUGUAAUAUACAAGAGAUGGAAAAUGGCUUCUAACUUCUCAGCCAGCAACAAGAAAUGCCACUGAAUAAUGGCUAUAGACAGAAUUUUAGUAGUCAGAUUUUGUUAUAAAAUCUUUUAAACUUAGCCAAGAUUAUCAGUAGUGAACUUAUAGCCAUUGUGAAUGCAGAGAAACACUUAAAAGUUUUUCUGAGCAUUAUGGCACAGUAUUUUGAGUCCUUUAAUAAACCUCUACAGACAUACUGCUAUAGAAAGAGAAAUGGAGAAGUAAGCUUUUUUGGACUUAUUUUAAUGAGUCAAAUGCAACAACAUCCGCUUUCACCUUAAGUUUGAUAAGGUUAACACUGAUCAGUCUAGAUCUUUGUUUCAGAAGAGCAUGCACUGGAGAAAAGACCAACCUGAAAUUACAUUUUCAUGACAUGCAGCUACAAGUCAUCUGGAAUUCUAAAGAAAACCUUUUUCUUCAGAGGAAAACAUGGUAUUUGUCAGAGUGAGUGUGGUGGUUAUACCGUUUAUGGAGGUCAGCAUAACUCUUCUGGAUUCAUGUGUGAUUCUGAUGAUAUUGCUGUUUGAAAGUAAUAGAAUAAUACUUUUUGAGAGUUGUGUUCAUAGUGUAACAAAAUAGCUAAUUGAAUUGCAAUAUAUUUUUUUACCCAAAGGGUUAAAUGAAUGAUGUGACUUAGAUUUAAAAGCAUUACAACCAUGAAAUUCUUUAAUUUAACACUGAAAUGUACUACUUCAGAUUCAUGUCUGUUUGAAAAAAGUCACUGAAGCCCUCAACUUAUGCACUUGAAAUGGGAGGGAGAAGAAAAUUCUUUUCUUAGCUGUCUACUUUGUUUGGACACUUUCUUUUGUGGCUCAAGUGCUGUUUCAUGUGUUGGGACCAAACAGUUGUGUCAAUAAAAUUUUCAAGCAAGCAUAACUCUUGUCCUUGUCUAAAGACACCUGCAAAAACCCUGUCCUAAAAUCCUUAACUUGCUCUGUCCCAUUGAGUUUAAUUACCCAGACAGAGCAGAAAGCUAAAAUUUGGGAUUUAGUAAAGACCAAUUUUUACAAUUCAGCUGCUAGCAGAUGUACUCAGUAUCUCUUCAUGCAACAUAAUAUUUAGGGUUUACUUUAGAAAGAAACUGCUGUUCAUCAGACUAAAGAGAGAAAUGGAGAAAGGAGUGUAAAUGACACAGGUUUGAAGUAAGGUGUUCCUCCUGAGUUCUAGUUUCACUUUGAAAUGUAAAAAUCAAUGUGAAUAAUGUCAUAUGGAGUGUUACUGUGCAAUAAAGUUAACAAAUCACUUUUGAGUUA